AUGGGAACUGCUUCGCCCGCACCCGCCGACUAUGCUAGCUGCAUCGAUGCCUGCGCUGCAACAACCGGAUGUCGUGCAGUAUCAUACAUUCCCAACGGUCCAUGUUAUCUCAAGAGUGCCCUUGUCUGCCUCGUCGUCGUCGUCUGCGAGCUCGAGCCAGUCAGCUACUCCGGCCACCAGCGCAUCGUCUGCGGCUGCCUCUUCGAGCGCAACUUCGAGUGCAUUAUCGACACCUACUUUCACAAGCGCCGCAUUGUCAAGCACACCAUCAAGCGCGUCGUCGAGCGCACCUUCAAGCGCAUCGUCGAGCGCACCUUCAGGCGCAUCGUCGAGCGCACCUUCAGGCGUACCCUCAAGCGCAUCCUCAAGCGCAUCGUCAAGUACAUCGUCAAGCGCAUCCACGAGCAAAACUUCAAGCGCACCCUCAACUGCAUCGUUCAGUGCGUCUUCCUCGAGUGCGACUUCCAGCUCAUCCUCGCUGAGCCCUUCAUCGACGUCGUUGACGAGGGUGGAUCUUCGUUCCAAGUCGAGUGUUACGUGGAUCGCGCCGGCGGUGACAUGGCCAACUCGCCAGUCUACCCUGGAUCCUACGAGGAAUGUCUGCUCGCAUGCGCACAGCGCGAUGGUUGUGUGCAGGUCUCGUACAAUCCCGGUGGUCCAUGUUACCUGAAGAACGCCCAAGGCGCUGCCAAUCAGAAUGGGAACAUCAUCGGCGGGCGAAAGCUCAUUGCAGCCACCUCUGUCGCUUCAUCCUCAUUGUCGUCUGCCACGUCGAGCGCACCUGUCUCAUCGUCUGCUGCAUCAACUUCCACUUCGUCUUCCAUUGUCGCUUCAUCAUGCUUCGACCGCUUCUUCUUCCCCGUCUGCUUCGCAAGCUUCUUCAACAAUUUUGUCAACUUCGGCAGCGGCAUCAACUGUCUCACCAAGCACGGCGGCAGCCUCGAGUGCAACAAGUGCGGCUGGAUCUCAAACCGUUACCGUCACCACGACAGUCUCCGGUACCAACUACAACUGCAUGUGCACUCCAUCAGCAACACCUUUUGCGCCGUCAUCAGCAACGCAAUCGGUGCCUCAGUCGGCAACUCCAUCGGACACCUCAUCCAUGACUCAAUCGGCGACCGCGUCAGCUACUCCAAGUACUGCUGCUACGGUUCCACUUACACCAGCAACUGUGGAGCGGUCUAUGCUGUGGAGUGUGCCGCGGACCGUGUUGGAAAUGACAUCGCCAUGUCCUAUGCAAACACUCUCAACGAAUGUCUGGAGAGCUGUAGCAAUACCCUUGGUUGUGUUGAUGUGUCCUUUGUGAACGGAUCCCCUGGACCUUGCUACAUGAAGAGCAAGGCCGGGGACAUCGUCCCCAACUCGAACAUCUGGGGCGGUCGCCAAGUCUCUGGAUGUACCACCGCAACCCAUAAGCUGAAGCUUCAUCGCAAGCGCGUCGUGAGAAAGGAACACAAGAGCGCAAGCCCAAUCCAGAAGCGCGGUAUUCCAUAUGGACCUGACUUUACUUACUACCAGGGACAAGCUCAGACCACCACAACCACUUCCACUGUCACACAGACUGCAGCAACGACGUAG